AUCGAUCAUAACGAAAUUCCAAUGCAUUGUGAAAAGUGUGAGACGAAGAAAAUGUGCACGUUGGACAAGAAAGGCGAGGUCUUCAUCCUCACGCUAACUGGGCCGGGUGAGCAUAGGCUCAACCCAACUCUACUGGACGCAAUCCAAUCCGCUUUAAACACCGUCCGAGCCGCCGCCACGUCAUCCUCCGUAGCCCUGAUCACCACCGCACACGGCAAAUUCUUCUCCAACGGCUACGAUCUGGACUGGGCCGGGUCGGACAAAGCCCGAGGCGAGCUCAUGACCUCGAAGCUCCGGGCGGUCGUGGCCGACUUCAUCUCCCUCCCGUUGCCGACCAUCGCCGCAGUCACCGGCCACGCCUCCGCCGCCGGCUUCAUCCUCGCGCGGUGCCACGACUACGUUCUGAUGAGGAAGGACAGGGGGUUCGUCUAUAUGAGCGAGAUGGACAUCGCGCUGGUGAUUCCAGCUUGGUUUCACGCGCUGAUUAAGAACAAGGUCGGAUCGGCGGCGGCGCGGCGCGAUUUGAUGCUCAGAGCGGAUAAGAUGACGGCGGCGGUGGCCGUGGAGAAGGGGAUUGUUGACUCGGCGGUUAAUGGCGCGGAGGAGACUGUUGAGGCGGCGGUUAGAUUGGGGGCGGAGUUGGUUAGGAGGAAAUGGAAGGGACACGUGUACGCUCAGAUUCGCGUUGACUUGAUGUCGGAGGUUUUGGCGGAAAUCCGAAACCAUGACAGUACAAGAUCCCGUCUGUAGCAACUGGGUCGGGUCGGGUUGCAUGUCUUUUCUUAUGCCGGCCCUAACAGUCAUUGGAUUUAAUGGUUGGAUUCAAUAAAUAUGGGCUUUGUUGGAUUUACUUUUGUCUUUUGUAAUCUGUUCAAUUCUUGUAACAUUAUCAUGGGUCAAAAAUAAUGAUGGCUGAGUUGAGAUGAAAAUUCUUUUUAUACAUUGACAGUGGAAGUGAAAAAACAAAUUUAGCA